CCAGAUAUUGUGAAUUUCGUUCAUCAGCAAGUCUCAAAGAACAGCAGACAGCCAUAUUGUGUAUCUAAGGAAGCUGGUCACCAAACCUCUGCCGAAUCAUGGGGUACCGGACGUGCUGUAGCACGUAUCCCCCGUGUUCGUGGUGGUGGUACUCACCGUUCUGGACAGGGUGCCUUUGGUAACAUGUGUAGAGGUGGUCGCAUGUUUGCUCCUACAAAACCCUGGAGACGUUGGCACCGAAAGAUCAAUGUAAACCAGAAGAGAUACGCACUGGUUUCUGCCAUUGCUGCGUCUGGUGUUCCAGCUCUGGUACAAUCCAAGGGUCAUAUGAUCCAAGAAGUUCCAGAAUUUCCCCUAGUAGUUUCUGACAAAAUCCAAGAAUAUAACAAAACAAAGCAUGCUGUUAUUUUCUUGAGACGUAUGAAGGCAUGGAACGAUAUCCAGAAGGUAUACAAAUCUCAACGUUUCCGUGCCGGUAAGGGUAAGAUGCGUAACCGCAGACGCAUCCAGCGUCGUGGACCUUUGAUCGUGUACGGUGAAGACAAGGGUAUUCGUAAGGCGUUCCGCAACAUUCCUGGCAUCGACCUCAUGAACAUCAAUAAAGUGAACCUUCUGAAAUUGGCACCCGGUGGUCACGUUGGACGCUUUGUAAUCUGGACGAAGUCCGCUUUCGACAAACUGGAUGCUCUUUACGGAACUUGGCGCAAGGAAUCGCAACUGAAAGCUAACUACAACUUGCCGUUCCCUAAGAUGGCAAACACAGACUUGUCGAGGCUUCUGAAAUCCGAGGAAAUUCGCAAAGUCCUGAGAGCGCCAAGGAAGAGGGUGGUGCGCAGCGUGAAGAAACUGAACCCAUUGUCCAACACCCGUGCAAUGUUGCGUCUGAACCCAUACGCCGCUGUACUGAAACGCGCUGCAAUUUUGACAGCGCAGAGA